AUGUCAAAAGAGAGACAUGCGCAUGUGCAUCCAGUAUGUCUUAUUUUUCGGGUUGCGCAUGUCCGAAGAGUAACGGAGAUAAAUGCGCAUGUCCGCCCACCGGCGGACACGCAUGCGCAAGAGCUUCCUGUCUACCCGACAAGUCCCCCAGAUCAUGCGCAUGUCCGCAGCCUAAUUGCCGCGCAAGCGCAAGGUAUCUGAGCACAAAGUGAACUAUAUCUAUACAAAUAGCUCAGUAUAAACAGGAAAGUAUGUAUCUAUAAUAGAUAAUAACUAGAGCGAUAGAACUAUAAGGAGGAGUAUCUGAUGAAGGGGGGCCAGGGGUUUUAUUGAAGGGGUGGCCAAGGGUUUUGGUGAAGGAGUGAAUGUGGCAUAUUGUGUGCCUGAAAUUGUCUAGAGGGGGCCAAACAAAGAUGUGGGUUGAAGAAAUGAGGGAGAGGCUAUACAUGCUUAGUGUUGUAAAAUGGUUAAAUAUAGUGUACUGACAACAUUGCUCUUGUUUCUACAAUACAUAAACUGAUUUUGUGGAUUAUACUAUUAAAGUGGCACUGUCACUGUCUGGGAAUUUGCCAAAUUCGCAAAGACCACUGACAGUGACAUUGAAGCUGAUCUAUAGUUGAUCUAUACCUUCACUACUGUGUUAGCAUGUGAUUUUUCAGUUGUUCUACACAUUUAAUGUUAUUUUUUGAUGUGUUAUUUAAUCUAUACCUGGAAAUACAAGGUUUGGAUGGUAUAGAUGAAUACCUGCAAUGCUUUGUUACAUGGUUGUCUAUUGGAUCUAUGCCUGAACUAAAGGAUUUGUAUGGAUAAUGCAGUUGAUCUACAUCUGCUAUACUGGUUGUGUAUACUGGUUAUUCAGUUGAUCUAUACCUAUUUAAAAUUCUGGUUCUUGCUUUCAAAUCUUUACAUAAUGCUGCUCCCACCUAUCUAUCCUCCCUUAUACACAAGUAUGUCCCGUCUAGGCCCUUACGAUCUGCUGAAGACUUACGUCUAUCUUCUGUCCGUACUCCCACCUCUGAUGCUCGCCUUCAAGAUUUCUCGAGGGUUGCACCGUUCCUGUGGAACUCGCUUCCCUCCUCCGUUAGAUGCUCACCCAGUCUCCACUCCUUCAAAAAAAUCGUUAAAAACCCACUUCUUCAUAAAAGCGUAUCAAUUAAACUGUUAAUAGCUCCUGACUGAUUCCUCUUCUGCAACUGUCAUUAGUCUAAAACUAGCCUUACCUUUUUGUGUCCCUCUAGCAUGUAAGCUCAUUGAGCAGGGCCCUCAACCCCUCUGUUCCUGUGUAUCCAACUUGUCUGGUUACAACUACAUGUCUGUUUGUCCACCCAUUGUAAAGCGCUGCGGAAUUUGACGGCGCUCUAUAAAUAUCAUAAUAAUAAUAAUAAUACCACCUGCAGUACAGGGUUUGUAUGUUUUAUUCAGUUGAUCGCUAAGUGGUAUCUAGUGAAGCCCUAUGUUAUUUGGUAUUUUGUUUAUCUAUGCUUUAUUUGGCACAAAUGUUGGCGUACUACAUUUAGGAAAUUUAUAUUAUCCGUACACUGCUGCUGCGAAUCUUGCAUGGACCGCAAGCAGAUACAUCUUUGGAAGAAGAGGAUUCUAAUACACCUUCUGGCCCAGUGGCUUUUGAUGAAACAAUAAACACAUGUGAAAACUCAAGCUUUACAGAUCCUGCUUUGUGGCCAAAAUUGAUUUCUAAGAAUAUUGAUAGUAUUUUAGAUGUUAGUCCUGUACAGGUACAAGAUGUUGAUUUUAAAAAAGAUGCUUAUAAACUGCAUUUUUCUUCAGCUUUCUACAAAAGAAAAUUAGACAGUGUUGAAGAACAAACAUGGCGAUGGUUGGUAUACUUAUCUGCCAAUAAAGUACUCGGUUUCUCUUGUAAAUUAUUUGAUAAGAAAUCUAAAACAUUGCUUGCCCUUGGAGGAUCAGAUGACUGGACACAUGUCAAAUAUUUUGAAAUCGCAUGAAAGUGAAGUGGUCAUUUUACAGCCCAGCAGAUGUGGACUGAAACACAACUGAGACGGAAAUCAAGACAAGCGAUUGAUCAAAACUAUCAAUAUCUCAUGAGCUUUGAAAGGCAACACUGGAUAUCUGUGAUGGACAGGCUGUUAAAUAUUGUCCAGUUUUUAGCAGAGCGUAAUCUGGCCUUCAGAGGCUCUUCAGAUCAAUUUGUGUCAUCCAAUAAUGGAAUUUUUUUAGGUCUCGUGGAGUUAUAAGGAAAAUAUGAAAGUGUGAUGGCAGAACACUUACGAAUGGUGGUAUCAAAAGAAACUGCAGACCACUACUGUAGAAAAACAAUUCAAAAUGAAAUCAUAACUCUUAUGGCAAAACAGGUAAUUGAGGACAUUUUACAACGCUGCAGAAAUGUAAAAUAUUUCUCAAUUAUCCUUGAUUGCACUCCAGAUAUUAGCCAUAAGGAGCAGAUGUCUUUUACAAUUCGAUUUUUGGAAGACAUUUCUGGAAAAUUUUAAGUAAAGGAACAUUUCCUUGGUUUCAAUAAAGUAGAGGAUACAACUGGAAAAAAGGAUUAAGUGAUUUCUUCCUUGAAUUUCUUUCAGGAAAAUAUUUCGACAUUGAUAAUUCUAGUGGACAAGGUUAUGACAAUGGAACCAAUAUGGCAGGAAAAACCAACGGAGUUCAGUCCAAAAUUUUAAACAUAAACCCAAGAGCAGUAUUUGUACCGUGUGGCUGUCAUUGUCGUAAUCUUGUCAUUGGAGAUGCAGUACGCUCCUGCAAGGAAUCGAUGCAACUAUUUGGUAUAAUUCAGUGCUUUUAUGUUCUAUUCUCAGGACCCAUAAAGAGAUGGAAAAUUUUGUCUGACCACAUUUCUGGCCUCACUUUAAAGCCUUUGUGCACCACUCGGUGGGAAUGCCAUAUAAAUUGUCUUAAACCACUAAGACAUAAUUUCGGUGAAAUACAAGAAGCACUGAUUGUUUUGUCUGAUGAAACCCACAUUGAACCAAACAUUUGUCAUGAGGCUAACACACUUUCUCAGCAGAUUGUGGAGUUCAAAUUUAUUGUGUUAGGUAUGAAAUAUUGUACCAAGUUAAUAUUGUGAGCAAAGCUAUGCAGAAUGAGGCUGCUGAUAUCAUUUUAGUCUCCAACCUUAUCCAGAAAUGUCACAAUUUUUAAAUAAAUUUCAGAGUCUGGAUUUGAAAGCUCCUUCCAGCUUGCAAGGGAACUAGAAGAAAAAAGUGAAUGUGUAGCCUGUUUUCAAAAAGCCUUCUUGUAUCCACAGAAAAAAGCAUUGUUUGGUUAUGAAAGCCAAGAUGAACCUUUAAACAGAUCCCACGAAGACAUUUUUAUUAUGUUUUGGUUGAUACUGCUGCUAAAUCUUUGGAGGAGCGUUUUACUCCAAUGGAACAACACAACAAAGUAUGGAGAUUUCUAUACAAUAUGA